UUGGCCAGGGAGGAGCUUGGUGGGGACGCGAAGGGGAACUGUGGCUGCCUGGAAGCUGUCCCCUCCUGUGAGCUAAAGAGGAAGGAGGAACGCUGGCGUGAAGGGCCCGAUGGAGAGCGGGCCUCCGGGGCGGUGGGUGCCGCCGGGCCCCCUCUCGGCCCCCUGGCUGCUGGGCUUGUUCCUGCUCCCCUGGACCCUGAAGCUCACAGGAGGGCAGUCAGUGACCCACACCGGCCUCCCCAUUGUGGUGUCUCUGGCCAACAAGGCCGUUUCCUUCAACUGCAGGGUUGCCUACCCACACACCCCCGAGUUCAAGAACUUCACCGUGGGCUACUUUUAUGUGGACCUCCAGGGCCGGAGGAGCUCUGGGAAGCAGACCAGCUGCAAACCUGGCCGGAGCAGAGAGAACCAGACCCUCCUCAUGGAGUGUCAGGUCACCCCCAAGCUGCCUGAUGCAUCUGCCACCGGCACCUACUACUGCUCGGUCCGCUGGCCGAGCUCCAGAGUGACAGGCAACGGCACCUUCAUCCUGGUCAGAGACACAGGGUACCAAGAGCCCUCACAGGGCCCCCAGAAGCUCCUGUUCUUUUGCUUCCUUGGCAUCCUGGUUGUCCUCAGCAUCCUGGGCACAGCUCUGCUGCUCUGGAAGAAGAAACAGAUGCAGGCUCCAUGGAAGCACGCUGCCCAGAGAGGCCCGGACCCCAGCACUGCCAGCAGCCUGGAGCAGCCCCCGUCUGAAUCCAUCUACACGGACCUGCAGCGCCGAGACACUGAGGUCUACGACUGCAUCCAGAGUGAAGCCAUCGGCCCGCCCACCGUCCAGGACCUUCUGUCCCAGGAGAAACAGCACAGAUUUGAGGGGGAUGGUGAAUUUAACCUGGUCUAUGAAAAUCUCUAGGACAAGCUCCGCCUCCCCAAGGGCCCCACCCUGGAUCACAGGCCCCCGGACAGCCUCUUCUACAAAGGACUUGAUCUGUGCCAGGAGCGAGGCCCUGGGGUCCCCAUCACCUCACCCCCACAUUCAAGGCCCCCUUGCCUGGGCCAGACUCCACCGCCCCCCUUCUGCAGCCCAGCCAUACCCCCUGAGCGGUCCACCUCCCAGGCCUUUGCCUGAGCUGCUCCCACUGCCAGGCGGGCCCCCCCUCAGUCUUUCAGGGCUCUCUUGACACCAACCCUUCUGGGAGCCCUCCUAACCCUCUCGAGACCCACAGGCCCUCCGGCACCAGCCUGCACCUGCAGUGCUGAGCACACAAGGGCCACAGACUAGUUAAAUAAAGGAGCAACCAUG